GGCUCAUUCGAAUGUAUCCAAGUACUCAUGCAUGCAGGAGCAAGUGUACACAUCGCCACAGACGACGGUAACACUGCACUUCAUUUCGCUGCAAGAUCGCUGAAUGUUGGAGCGAAACGGUGUGUAGAGCUGCUCGUGGAUGCUGGGCUUUCUCUUGAUGCGAAGAACGAUGCAGUUUGGACUACUCUUCACUGUGCUGCUUUCAGCGGCAACAAGAAUCUUGUCGAGUUCCUACUAGGGAAAGGGCUCGAUCCCCAUCUCUCUACUUACACGGAGAAUACCGCAUACCACCUGGCGUCGAUUAGUGGUUCCGAUGGUUGUGUCAAACUCCUUCUUUCGAAAGGGGCCGAUGCAAAAAUACAAGACAAGUGUGGAAACAAUGCUCUUCACUAUGCGUUGGGCUCGAAAGCUCCUCCUGUUAUAGAAAUGCUUAUUGAAGCA